CACCUCCUAAAGCGUCCGGGUAGGAACCAAUCCUCCUCAUGAGAUGGACAGCUCGUGUUUGACCUARAAUUUGGUCCCUCCGUGUUACAACAAUGUUCGGAACAAGUUUAAAAACCCUGCAGAGGCUGGCGCUGUGGAAACACGAGGUGUUCGUGAAGGCAUCGCACUCUAGGCUCGUUUUGGGCAUCGAGACGAGCUGCGACGAGACCGGAGCUGCGGUGUUGGACGAAACUGGUUGCAUACUGGGAGAAUCCCUGCAUUCACAGAAAGAGGUCCAUCUCAGGAACGGCGGCAUCAUCCCUCCAGUGGCGCAGCAGCUCCACAAAGAAAACAUYGAGCGUGUGGUCCAGGAGGCGCUGGACAGAAGCGGCGUGACCCCGGACCAGCUGUCCGCCGUGGCCACCACCGUAAAGCCCGGUAUUGCGCUGAGUUUGGGAGUGGGCGUGCUCUUCAGCAGGAACUUUGUGAGGCGCCACGACAAGCCGUUCAUCCCCAUCCACCACAUGGAGGCCCACGCCCUGACCGUCAGGAUGCUCCGCCCCGUCGCCUUCCCCUUCCUGGUGCUGCUGAUCUCCGGCGGACACUCGCUCCUCGCCGUGGCUCGCGGGGUGGACGACUUCCUGCUUUUGGGUCGCGGGCAGGACGUAGCUCCCGGGGACUGCCUGGAUAAAGUGGCCCGGCGUCUGUCCCUCAUCAAACACCCGGAGUGCUCCACGCUGAGCGGAGGUCAAGCCAUAGAGCUUCUGGCCAAAGAUGGCGACUGGAAGAAGUUUGCCAUCCAGACACCCAUGGGACGAAUAAGGAACUGCUGCUUCUCCUUCGCCGGAAUCACGUCUCACAUGACCUCGAAAAUAAUAAAAAUGGAGGCCGAGGAGGGUGUAGAAGCAGGAACUCUGCUGUCGUGCGUGAACGACAUCGCAGCCGCCACUCAGCACGCUGUGGCCUGUAAUCUCACCAAACGUACGCACCGAGCCAUCCUGUUCUGUAAAGCAAACAACCUGCUGCCGUCAGAGAAUCCCACCCUGGUGCUGUCCGGAGGCGUGGCGAGUAACGAGUACAUCCGGAAGGCUCUGUCCAUCAUCACUGAGGAGACCGGACUCCAUCUGCUCUGUCCUCCGGCCGAGUUCUGCACCGACAACGGCGUGAUGAUCGCCUGGAACGGCGUGGAGCGUCUGAGGGAGGGAUUAGGGAUCCUGCCGCCAAACGUGGACGUGUUCUACGAGCCGAAGGCACCGCUGGGCUUGGACAUGACGGAGGAGGUGAGAGCAGCCGACAUCAGAUUACCACCGAUCAGGAUCCAGAUCUGAGAUUAAACCCACCACAAACUCUGUGAAUGUUUUUAUUCGUGAAUAAACGUGUUUCUGAUGAGAUUCGAGUUCUUUUAAAGAGAUGAAUAAAAACACGUCUGAGUU